AUGGUAAGUUGAAAAACUUAAAUUGGUGUUUGCUACAGAAUGAAGAGCCAUCAAAAAUUGUUGUAAGCUGUUUAGUGAACUCACUGCACGGUAUUGUCUCUCUUUUUUGUCUUUUUCAUUGCAAUAUCAGUACAUGGAGGCCGAGGAGGGAAUAUCAGCGUGUCCAGCAGGAAAUGGCUCCAGUGAGGGCAAUGUGACGGAGGCAGGAAGUCUUGCAAUUGUUCCUUUCUCAGCAGCACCUGAUUCGUCACAGGACUUGCAAUUGGCGGCGGUUGGCAAAACGAAUGCGAGCACGCCAGAACCAGCACCGCGGGCCCAGAAUGGGAAAUCGGUCAAUGGGAAUGGAAAAUCGAUCAAUCUUCAUGCGUUCAACCUGUUUGCAUCCAAAGUCAGACCGCCAACAAGAGAGCAGAAUCCAGGCGCCACAGCACACGAAAUCGAGAGGCUGGUGGGACAGAAAUGGGCGACCUUGCCAGAGCUAGAGAAGGCACAGUUUGUAGAGUACGCACAGAAGGACCAUGAUAAUGCAGUGGCCAAGGGGCUUGUGAGCCCAACAUCGGGGCGUGUCAGAAGGUCGAGGAGGAGGAGGUCAGAUACAGAUGCCGAUCUUCCGUUAUUGGGGAGACGGAAGCGCGGAAGGCCGAGCAAGAGUGAGAUCUUGCUGCGGCAAGCUCACCAGCAGCAAUUACAACAGCAGCAGCAACAACAACAACCAGCACAGCAGCAGGAGCUGCAAACCCCACAGCAGCAGCAGCAGCAGCAGCAGCAGCAGCAGCAGCAGCAGCACCAACAACAACAACAGCAGCAGCAGCAGCAACAAGAACAGCAAUUUGUCAAAUUUCAACCGGAAGUCAAAUCAGUGAUGCAGGUGCAGAUCGGCGUUCCAACUCUGCAAAACCAACUGCCGCAGCAUGUACUCCAACCACAUCAGCAGCAGCCUGUUCAGCAACCGAAGGAUCCUCAGUGGAUGCAGCCGAGACAGAUGGAAGUGCAACAGCAGUAUUACUUGCAGCAGCAGAAGCCAUGGUCGCCGCGUGCCGCUCAGCCAAGUAGUAGAAGCCGGAAAAGGGGUGCAGGGGGAGAUGGAAGUCGAGUGAGCAGUCCGGAGCAGCAGUUUGUAGGACAGAAAGUGCAAGGGGUACUGGAUGGGGCGUUCAGUGCAGGCUACUUCUUGACGGUGAGAGUUGGGGAAACGAACAAGGUUCUUCGAGGAUUGGUGUUCCGUCCAGGGGCCUCCAUUCCGAUAACUCCGAAAAAUGAUGUUGCGCCGUACGUUAAGGUUGUCAAGCCAGUUGUGGAAGCCAGCUUCCCGGUACAGCGAUCACCACCACCUACCACCUCUGUGCCUCUGCGUGCAAGCCAACAUGACCCUGUGAUGCCUCCGGUCACACUGGUGCAGAAGAGACAAGAAGAGGCGCUAUCUGCUGAAACUGCGCAAUCUCCCAUCCGAUCUGCUGUUGCGGGGGCCGGCAUGACUGCAUCUCCUUAUGCAAAUGAAGCCACUCCAGUUCAUGCCACAGGCAACGCUCACAUGGAGCGCUUCUCUGUUACGCCUGCUGCUGUCUCUCAAGAUCUCAGUCAUCAAUCUUCAGCAGGUCAGGGAAAGCCCGUGAUUGCUAUGGAGCCCCAGUGUACAGUACCCCUGGUGGCUCUCAUGGUACAGGUUGAUGGAGGCUGAGAGAGUGAGGGGAUGCUGUAGAGAAUGUAUACAUCUUAUCUUGAAACUAUUUAGGCGUUCCGGAAUGAUUGGAUGCCUGAGAAGGGCAGAGGGUAAACUGGCCAGGGCACAUGCAGGAUCAUUCUGAAAACUGCAGGUUGCGCGGAGCCAAUCGUAAGAUCAUCUGCGUGGCGAAAUUGGGAUACAUAGAGCAUGGUAGUCCCGACGACGCACUGGUGCUAUGUAUGUGCUCACGGAGCAUGAAUCUGGUCCCCAAACUGGGGAGGUUCGUGGUAACUUGGCACAUACACAGCACCAGCGGCACCUGCUCUUUCAUCUGCUUCACUUUGCGAUCAGGUGUCCUGCCCAGUGGAUAUCACUUUGGAUUCAGGGAUUUACAAAGCAGUGUCUAGGUGGCGUGAUGAAUAGUAUGUCUUGCAGGCAGGCAGGCAGGCAGGCAGGCAGGCAGGAGGGCAGUGGGGCAAAGGGUGAGAUACUCAAUGUGGAUGGCAGGAUACGGUGGCGUCGCGGUAGGAGGUGAGGUGUGGGCACAAAUGGGUGGACGGCAUUCGUGUGCCAUGCAAGUUGUGAGUGGAAGAUAAGUGUCCACCCUCAGCAAAUCCUGAAGGAAAAAGAUGGUAUGCCAUCCCAUCACAGUCGUCACCUCGCCCAACAUACUCCUGCUUUGCGGGGCUAGCAGCAUAUCAGAUAUUGCCGGUCUGUGGUUGGUGGUUGCAGUUGUCGGCUGUGCGACUGAUUGAUGAAGUCGGCAGCCAUGUGCCUCCAAGAUCCCAACAGUUCUGUGUAUGAGCAUGAUUUGAGCCAUUGUAUUUGGCAUGAUGCCAGCACUAACACAUAAUUUCCCAAUCUUUGACUACAGGAAACGUUCUCCAGGCUUGCUUCUCAAACACGUAGGCAAACAAUUCUGCGCUGCCUGAAGUCGAUGCUUGAAAGCUGCAUUGCAUGUACGGGAUGUCUGCAAGGAGAGUAACCAGGAGGUUGUCAAUCAGGUUUGACGGUGGAAUCCGAUGAUAAGCGUGACGCUGAUGACCGACAUGCGGACAACAGUGGCACACCGCAUUGCAUUGCAUCGGGACUUGAGGGAGCUUACACCGACCCUGAAAGAAGUGGUGCUGAUAUUCCUGACUUCGACCCCCCUCAGAUUUUUUUAUUUCUUUCCGUUCUUGUCAUUCUUGAUAUUGACAACUCAGUAUCUCUGAGCUGUGCGAGAAUCAUGUACAGGUUUUCCGAGCUAUGUCAGAAGUGCCUCUGCUCUUGAUUGGUUCAACAAUUUUGCUUCUUAGAGAUCACCAGGAUGAGGUAGUCAGAGUUUCCCUAGCAGAAGCUGUCUUUUCAGUCCCAGUUUUAUUACUUGCUCGAACGC